CUAAAGGUCAUAUGCGGGGAAACUUUGCACCCCGAUAUCUCCGAAACUAUGCGGAAUUUCGAAAAAAGUUUAUCUUCACUUUUGUCAUAAAAAAUGAUGCAGAAUACAACGCCGUUAUCAGUUUUCACCUAACUCGUGCAGGGGGGGCUGGGGGAAAAACUCCUCCCCCUGGGGGUGUGGCAAUAUAAAACUAUUUUUCCAAUAGUCCUUGUGCCUCACCUGAUCGAAAUAUGCAAAAAAAGCUGGAAGUACUCAAAAUUUUAUUUUUGAGAAUGAAAAUCCCAUUUGAAACCAUUGUGCAGCGAGAUACAAACACCGGCUGACGAAAGGAUAAAAACGUCAACAAACAAAAUAUUAUUAUUUAUGACGUCCAGAAAAAGUUGUGAAUAAGUGAUGUCGAUAUCGUUGGUAAAGAACACGUACGAAUGCAGUCCUUUAGCCCUAAUUCCAAAUUGUAAACAAGGUGCACUCCGUGCGGUGCGAUAUAAUGUCGACGGCGACUUCAUCCUCACCUGCGGGGCCGACCGAACCAUUAAACUCUGGUCAUGUACGAAACACAAUCUCCUCUCGACUUAUCAAGGGCAUUCCGGCGACGUGUUGGACGUUUCCGGCUCCUGUGACAACUCCCAACUGGCUUCCGGAGGGAUGGACAAGAACGUUUUUUUGUGGGAUGUCGCCGGCUCAAAGUUAGUGCGACGUUGGAGAGGUCACAACAGUUCCGUCACUGCGAUCGCGUUUAAUGAAAAUUCUACCGUUAUAGUAUCUGGGUCGCAAGAUAACUCUGUCAAACUUUGGGAUGUCCGUGCCGGCCGUUCGACACAAAAAGAGAUACAAUCCUUGGACGAUGCGACGGACACGAUAACAUCUCUCGUCGUCACGAACGACGCUAUUCUCGUCGGCUCGGCGGAUGGCUACACGCAUUUGUACGAUAUUCGCCAAGGCAAGAUGUCAACGAAUUGUAUGAACGAAGCCGUCACGUCUGUCGCUAUUAGUCGCGACAUGGCUUCACAUCUCAUCUCUGUGGCGGACGGGACGGUAAAACUUAUCGAUAAGGAUAGCGGAGAGUUGUUGGCGUGCUACAAGGGUCAUACCGAUGUCAAUUAUAAGGAUUACAAGAUUGAGGUCGCGUUUGACUUUAGUGACCGCUACGUCCUGGCUGCCUCGCCGAGGGGGAAGGUUUUCGUAUGGGAUUUAAUUAGUGAGAAAAUUCAUGGCAUUUGUCGUCCCAAUGAAUCCACCGUGCAGCCUGUGACGAGUAUCUCGAGCCAUCCGCAGAGAUCCAGUGUUGCCGCGGGGAUGGGGGGUGGCGUGUAUUUCUUCGACUUGGAGGGAGAGUGGGCCGAGAAAGAGGGUGGAGUAGGAGGAUUACAACCAAUGAUGGAGAUUCCUUAAAAUUUUGAAUCCUGAUAUUUUUUUGUAUGUAUGUAUUUACAAAUUUUAUAUUUUAAAAUAAUGACGACUAAGAAUAUAACUAUAUU